AUGGCAGACUCACAAGAAUCCGCAGACGCAUACGAGUACCAGAAAGCACACCUCAGUGACAACAAAAAGGCGGAGAUCAUUGCGCCAACUGUGAUUUUUCUUGCUAUUGCAUACACUGCGGUCUUCUUACGAUACAAAUCUCGGCGUAUUGCACGUAUAACGUUGAAGGCUGAUGACUGGUGUAUUGGGUUGGCUUUGAUUACGACAACAUGCUUCAUCAUCGUCUACUAUCUGGGAAUAAAAUACGGUAUGGGGAGACAUGAGAUCUUGAUCACGGAUCCCAAAGCAUGGGUUAUAAUUAUUGUCUCAACACAAGUUCUAUACAGCAUCAGCAUUUGCACCAUCAAGCUCUCCAUCCUUUUCCUCUACGACCGCAUUUUUGGCACCCCUAAACCAAUGUUCAGGCACAUUUUGCGGGCAAUGGGUGGCUUCGUGAUCGCCUACGGCGUGGCCGGAACACUAGGGACCAUCUUGCAAUGCGUACCACUAAGUGACUUAUGGAAACCUCCUAGCAAUGGUCCCCCAGUAUGCAUUGAUUUUGGCACGCUGGUAAUAACAAUGGGCGUCCUUAACAUAGUGACCGAUAUCACUAUACUUGGCCUACCGAUACCCCUUGCUGCAUCCGCCUACAUGGAGAACUCGUCGAAGAUGCAACCUCAUCCUUCUGACCAACCGAUUCAUCGGUCCCUAUCAUCGCCUCAGAAGCUGAAGAUUACUGCCGCAACGUCGCAAGCUCGACAGUCUCGAAGGCAUGCGCAGGAUACCCCAGAGCAUCACGGCCAGCCCUCUAGUGUCUCAUCCUCGGGACCGGCCAGCCUCUGGGGCUGA